AUGCGGGCCCCCACUCUCCUUAUCGUGGCCCUCGCCGCCCUCGGUUCUCGUAUCGCCAACGCCUCGCCAAUCCCUGCCGGCAGCUUCAACUCCAACGUCUUCACCGUCUCCCACAAGCCGGUCACGAACGCCGACUCCCCCCCGGCCACCCCGAACCUCGUGCUUCGUGAUGCGAGCCCUGAUCACUCGCCUACUCUCUGGUCCUUCAAGACCUCCAAGAUUGGCCCACGCGACCUUAUAGCACGCGCUCUCAACGCGUUCAGAGCUGUGGGUUCAUCCACUGGUGGUUCAGCCGUCAAGCACGCCGACCACGCGCUCGAGAAGCGAGUCUUGGACGAGGAUACUUUCGGCGGGAACGCCCAGACGGGCGACAGUGGCAACGUUGACGGCGGCGACAUCAUCAACUUCGCGGACAACUACGGCAUCCCGACGAUCCUCAACCAGAACUCCAACAACGGCGGCACUGGCGGUAACUCGCUUGCCGGGUGCGCCUCCGGCGGCCGCGGUGGCAAUCAUGUCGCGGGAGGCAAUGGCCGCUCGGGCACGGCGGGUAACGCGAAGGGCGGCAGCGUCUUUAACUCGGGCGCGGUCGUCAAUGUCGAUUCUAACAACGCUGGAAACGCGGGUCUCACUCAGACUGGGUGUGCGUACGGUGGAGACGUCGAAGAGUUCUACGAGAGCAAGACGGACCAGUAUAAGUCGGAUGUCCACGAUGACGUACAAAAUACCGCGAAGACCAGUGAAGCAACUACUGGAGGCAACGUCGGGGACUACGCUGCGGCCUACAAGGCGGCGUAUUUCACUGGGCAGAACUGA